AGAAAUUACAAGCCACCUAAAAAUAUAUAAACAUCAUAAAACUCAUGCGGAUAUGAAUUAAUUUCAAUAUAAUGUCAUUUUUGAUUAAAAAAAUUCCUUCCGCAUUAUCAUUAAAUCGAAUAUUAUUUACUCGUACUUAUACAGCCAAAAAACCCAUAAAUACUAGUAAAUCAUCAGCACCAAUUUACGAAAAAAAAGAAUUAGAAGAUGGUAGUAUAUUCAUAUCAAGAGUACCAUUAAAACCUCAAAAUCAAUCAUUUGAAGAAUUACCACCACCAUUAAAACCGAUUAAAAAAAAAUCAUAUCAUUUAACUCAAGAACAAAUAAAUGAGAUAAAACAAUUACGUGAAAAAGAUCCUAUUAAAUGGACUAGAAAAAAAUUAGCGGAAAAAUUUGAAUGUAGUCAAUUUUAUAUAGGUAUCAUCGCUCCCGUAUCUGAAGAAAGAAGAAAUGAAUUAGAAGAAGAAUACAAUCAAAAAAUUGAAGAAAUGGGAUGGAAAAAGAGAUUUAUUAGAAAUGAGAGAUCUAGAAGACGGGAUUUAUGGUAAAAUGGUGAAAAUAUUAUUGAUAAUAAAAGGGACAUUUAUAAUUUUCUGUUGAU